GGCAAAGAAUCAGAGAAAAGUUCCGUGCUCAGGGACUCUCGGGAAGCAGAGGACACGGGCUUACAGCACAUCAAAUACCAGAGUGAGAGUACUGACCAGGGGCCUAUGAAGCCAAGGCUCCGGUAAGGGGCACUUUUUUUUUUUUUGCUCUGCGGGGCAGAUGAUCCCUAAGUUAGGUUUUCCUGGUUUUCCACCCGUGCCCAAGGUGGGGUCCUGGUGUGCCACUGGACACUGGGCUCGAAUUUGCAGGCCACAGCUCCGAGGAGUUCCGUGCCAAAAGGCGUGCACCCCCUACUCCAGCCCUUUGCUCUACUCAAGAGUUGCAGUUCCCCUCCAUUUUACACUAAAAUUCAAAAGCGGGCACAGCGGAAUCUUCUGGAAAGGGGCUAAGAUGGAACUCAGGAGGCGGGGGUCGGUGUGGAAAGAGCAGAUGGAUUAUUUUUUCCUCUGCUGGCGAAUGAGGAGCGCCCCCGGCCACCCCUCCUCAAUGGACACCCCCAAACGCGCAUGCGCACUUGGCUGGCGGGCGGAUACUUAAGGCGCGGCCACCGCGGCUGCGGCAGUGCGCCCAACAGCGGACUCCGAGAGAUCGGCGGACCUUGCCGAACCACGCACGCUCUCAACCACUCACCCACCACUCUUGGAACCAUGGCGGCAGUGGCGGCAGCCUCAGCUGAGCUGCUCAUCAUCGGCUGGUACAUUUUCCGCGUGCUGCUGCAGGUGUUCCUGGAAUGCUGCAUUUACUGGGUAGGAUUCGCUUUUCGAAAUCCUCCAGGGACACAGCCCAUUGCGAGAAGUGAGGUGUUCAGGUACUCCCUGCAGAAGCUGGCGUACACGGUGUCGAGGACCGGGCGGCAGGUGCUGGGAGAGCGCCGGCAGCGAGCCCCCAACUGAGGCCCCAGCCCCCAGCCCUGGGCGGCCUUGUCACCAGGUGCUCCUGUGCUUCUCGGCCAGCAUGGGAGCCAGUGCCGCGCAGGAAUGGGGGGUCCCCUGUGCUCUCUCGCCAGAGGAGCAUUUGCCAAGGUCAGUGAGGGGCCGGUAGGCCCCCGGAGAAGCAGCACCGACAAUGACGACAAUACCAGAUCCCUUCCAAACCCCUUUGCACCCCUCCAACUGCUGGGCGGGGUAGAGGGAGGAGGGGGGGUGGGGGGAGCAUACCCCUGAGAUCUGGGCACAGGCAAUGCAUUCUGAUCUGGACCAAGUCGGGACAGUGCCAUCCCAGCCCUGCAG